AUGAAUGUGGUUACAGAACCGCAUAACUCCGAGCUGCCAACCACUUUUGAUGAUUACAUUAACCGAAAGAAAAACCGUGCAGCUUCUACAAGGGAAGAUUUAGUGGCGAGUCCCAAUGAGGAAUUGAAGAGCGUACGUCCUGUGCCUAGGUCUCAACAUAGCUCGAGGUUCACCAAAAUUUGCGCUCGAUGCUCGCUCCCGAUAAAUCAAGGGUCACUUAAGGCUUUGGGAAAAUACUACCAUGAAGAAUGCUUCGUUUGUUUUGAUUGUGGCAAAGUUUGCAAACCUAAGUACUUUCCGUUCGAGGACUCCUCAACUAAGCAGCUGAUUCCUCUUUGUCAACAGGACUACUUUAAAAGAAAUCAUCUUCUUUGUUAUGUGUGUGACAAACCAUUAAGAGGUGUAUACUAUAAUGCGUUUGGGAAGCUUUACGAUGAGGAACAUUUCUGUUGCAAAAUAUGUCAAGAAAAAUGCGGUGUCAAUACAUGUUUCAAUUACGAAGACGAUCUGUAUUGCAAAUAUCAUUUUCUCAAGUAUUUUUCAAAUCGCUGUAAGGGAUGCCAGUAUCCCAUCUCAGAUCAGUACAUCGAAUUUCCAAGAGGCGAUGAAAUUCAUCGCUGGCAUCCCGAAUGCUACGGAAUACAUAAGUAUUGGCAUGUGGGUAUGCCACCAGAAUCUGUUGGUCUUCCGCCUAUUGAGAAGGUGCGUUUGAAUGAGAGAGACAGUCCAAUUCAAGAGGAGAGUCACCCGAAUCGUGCCGAGCUGGAAAGGUAUGUCCAAUCGUUCAGCAACCUCGUUUCUAAAACUUGGUCAGUACUUUACAGAUUUGAAGAAGAAACUGCAGUUUGCAUUUCUGAUAUGUUUCAGUACUUGACAAGUCUCGAUCAAUUGAAAGGCUUAAAUUCAACGGCUCUCUUUGUUUUGAAGAUCGAAUGCCUAUUCAAAGCUCUUGAUUCUCUCGAAUCACUCAGUUUUUACAAUAAUCCACACACAAAAUCGAGUAGUAACGAAGCGCUUGAACAAAGUGCAACUGAGAGCUCAGAAAUCAAUACAACAUCAAAUAACAAAGGGGAGAAUACAAACUUAAAGUACACCAAAUUUCCUCGAAAUUUAUCAACGAAGGUGAUGAUAUACCUACAGCUUCUCAGGAAACUGAGUAUGGCCACAAAAGACAAGGAUGUGAAUAUUUCGUCACUGAUGUCUGUCAUUACAGGACUGGCUCAUUUUCUCAAACUUCUUGUACGAUAUGGACUUAAUAAUGCUCUGGAGUACAACAAGUCUACGCAUGCAGCGAAUGCGCUCAUAAAGUUUCUUCGAGAAAUUGAGAAAAAUGAAGCAAUUGAGGAAAAUCCGUUCACGCGAAUUGACGUAUCCAUCAAUGCAACCGAUUGCUGCGCUGGGUGUGGUAAGUAUGUUCAGGAGGAAUGCAUUCAAUUCAAAGAGUCUAGAUGGCACAGAGCGUGUUUUCAUUGUUCAAACUGCGAAAAGCAUAUUAACUUAUACGACGUCGCAGAUGCGGCAUAUAACACUAAAUCAAAGCAGGUACUAUGCGCACAUUGCGCUCUCGAUGAUCCUGAUUCAUCAUCCGGCUUCAAGUCUGUCACGAAACUUGCCCAAUUAAUUUUCCUUCUGAAGAUAGCACUGGUGAGGUCCAAAGCCGUAAUGGAAAUUCAACUAAAAAACAGAGAGGUCAUUAGAAGAUCUAAUAGCGUUAAAGAAUCAAUUUCCAUGCAACAAACUUACAUUCGAACACUGAAUGACAUAAAACGCCUAAAAUCGAGACGACAAAGUGUACCGCUCACUAGUAACAAACAAGAAGCGCGAAAAUCACGUAUUCUCGAGACGGCAGAAAUGGAUAUUAGUAAGGAAACACAACCAACAGAGAAAUGUCUUGUAAUUGAAACCGACAAAAGUUCGCAACCUACACAAGAAAAUCAAAACAUGUUCAAUAGCACGAAGACUUUAACUUUAGACGAUAUAUCACGUAUCGUCGCAGCUGAACAAGCACGUGAAUUGAGGCCUAAUGCAUUUGCAUAUUUCAAAAAGCUUAAAGAGAACGAUGAAGAAGUAGUAAACAUCAGCGGCAAGAAGAGUGGAAUUUAUUUUUCAGAACUAAAAAUCGAUGAUCACAGACUGAUUAAACUGAUUUCCUUAGCAUUACUUUGUUGUGGCAAAUCUCCUGUCCUAAGAGAAGACGACGCCAUUACGAAACUUAUCCCACCUUUGCCUAAAGAAGAAAAACAAUCAAAUGGUAGUUUUUGGCUCAAAAUGAAAAUAAUGAUGACAAAAGACUCCAAAAAGAACUCAUAUUCUAAAGUAUUUGGCACACCUUUGGACAUAUUAACAACUCAGUGGGGUGUUGACUCGGAUCUGGGAAUUGGACCGACAAAAAUCAAAAUUCCAAUUCUAGUGGACGAGCUAGUCUCGUCACUACGACAAAGAGACAUGUCUGUGGAAGGCGUAUUCAGGAAAAAUGGUAAUAUCCGCAAACUUCGUGAGCUAGCUGCUGCAAUUGAUAAUAACCCCUCUGAGGUCCCCGAUCUCUCCGAUGAGAAUGCCGUACAACUUUCUGCGCUAUUAAAGAAGUUCCUGAGAGAGUUACCGGAUCCUCUACUUACAUUUCCAUUGUAUCAACUUUGGAUAAAGGUAGCGAAAAUUGAAUCUGAUUUUGAAAGAAGAAAACUGUUCAGUCUCCUGUAUGCAAUGUUGCCUCGUGCAAACCGAAAUGUCGCUGAAGUACUUUUCUCGUUUCUCCACUGGACCUCGUCUUUUUCCCACAUCGAUAGUCAAAUGGGAUCAAAAAUGGAUAUUCAUAAUCUCUCAACAGUAAUUACACCCAACAUUCUUUACCAGGAGGGAAACUCAACACCAGCUGCAGCUGUCAACUCUGGUGUCAUACACGACACAUACAAUGAUGCUUUUGCACAAAAUGAGGGUGAGAAUUAUUUCUUGGCAAUUGAGGUUGUAGACUAUUUGGUGAACCAUAAUGAGGAUCUCUCAAUAGUACCGAAGUUUAUGAUAAAUUUGUUACAAGAGGUUAAACUAAAAUCACUUUCAGAUUUUGAUCUUAUUCGAAAGUUUGUGAAGACACAAAUCGAUGAAGGAAAGGUUAAUUAUUCUGAGUAUGAAACCAUCGAAUCUGUACAGAUGAAGAAGUCAGCCUCGGUUGCUAAGGUUGAAAUCAAGAGGGAAAAUUUGCCUUGA